AGGAGUAAUCGGAGUCGGAAGAGUUGGAGCCCGUGUUGCGUGUGGGCCAGAGGAUCGCGAUUACGCGAUGUUCCCGUCGUCGGACUCGGAGGACGAGCAUAACGCGGGACACUCAUCUUCGUCUCACAAUGAAGCUGCCGGCGCCGCUGCCGCUGCCAGUGGUAGUAACAGCUCCAGGCACAACAAACAACCGGCCGACGAUUGUUCCUCGAACAGCAGCAGUUGGCUUAGAGGCAAAGGUAAAAGUUCAAAUAAAAGAGAAGAGAGUAUGUUCAGCUUGAAACAGUUUUUGAAAAAUGACAAAAAUCCAGCAAAUCAUCAGUAUGCAGGAGCUAGACCGAAGGUGUAUGAAUCACAAUCAAGAACUCUGGAACCAAAUGAAAAUCAUGAUACUGGGAAGUAUCCUAGGAAUCCUACAGAACUACCAGACUUUGUGCAGGAUCAUCUAGUUAUUGAACAGUGCUACUUAGGUGAUAAGGUUUCUUCGAAUGUAUCAAGUGGCGAAGUGGACAAUUUACCAGACUUUGCUCUGAAUAGUGUUAAAAAUAGACAUUUGAACAGAUAUCUCGAUGAUCAGUGGAAAAAGAAUAACGAGAGCUCGUCAGACCUUUCGUUUGAUUUAACUGACCAUUUAGAUAAGAGCCUCGCAACAAAUGUAUCACAUCCAAGUUCCUUAGAUUUACCAAAGUUGGAUACCAUUGAUGGAGAGUCAGCUGAUGUGCCCGAAUCACUAGGUUUUCCAUUUGAUUUACAAAUAUCGCGAGGUGCAGAGUCAAAUUCUAAUUCUGAAGUGGCGGCAACUGGAAAUGAUUCUUUGUCAGAAGGAUUGGCUAACUCUACAAAGCUUUUGCCCGAUUUUUUAAGCGAUGCGCCAAUCAGAACUCGUGGUACUCCUAUGUCGGACAGACCUGAUUGUUCAGGCUCAACUGAUUCCAUAAACCAUUGGUUAUCCAUGGAGAACGAAAGAUUAUCUAAUGAGCUCCAAACUGCAAGGAGACAAGCAGCUGAUCGUUCUCUUAGGAUAGAGGCUCUAGAAGCUGAACUCAUGUCUCGAAGACAAGUAAAUCACCUUGAAAGUGCGCUUGAAGCAGCUAUGGAACAAGUUCAAGAUAAUUUAAAACACAGCAAAAAAAGAGCAAUCAAUGCGGAAAAUACAGUGUCAAUGUUGAGAGAAAAAGUGGAGUCAUUAAAUAUCGAAAUAAUGAUGCUGCAGUCGGAGAAUAGAGAACUUCGAGAGGCGUUGGGAUUGGAAAACAAUAGUUGCAGGAAUGCGAAUCCCAGUCGUAAAAUACAAAGGCUAGCAGAAGAUUUGAGGCAUGCUGCUACUACAGCAGAAGUAUCUUUAAGGCAGUUGAUGUCAGGUGUAAAUAAUUUGCGAGUGCUUGCAUCAGCUCUCGAAAAUGUUGAUAAAAUAGAAGAUCGUACCAAAGACUUUUUACCCGAUUUUGAUGAAGAUAGUGCAGCUGGACCAGCAUUGUAAGAAGAAAAAGAUCAAAGCAAAACGACGAGACUACGGAUAUUUUUUUAUUUACAAUUUUUGCAUCAA